AUGGAAAUUUUUUUAUUUUCACAAGUUGGUUGUAUGAAGGACAAUGAUACUGGAGGAAAAAUGCUUAAAGAAAUUAAGAGCAAGUAUGAGAAUUAUAUAAACAAUGCUUAUCAACAUGAAUUUGAGAGAGGAUAUUUAACUCCAGAACGUAAUAUUAGCAAUGUCAGUGAUAUUCAUAUCAUUGAUACUAAUGAAAUAACUCCUAAAAAAAUCCUGCUAGAUGAAAAAAAACAUUAA